CGUGGAUCAUCUCUCGCGCUCUUUCGUCCACAGCUUUGAGCUCUGACUUUCGACAACGCCUCUUCAACCGCUUCACAGCUAUCGCAAUCAUGGCCCCCGACCGGUCAGGAAAGAGCGUGUUCCUGGGGAACAUCCCCUAUAAUCUCACCGAGGAGCAGGUCAAAGACAUCCUCAGCACAGCUGGCACUGUGACCAAGUUUCGCUUGAUGAUGAACCCGGAGACUGGAAAGCCCAAGGGAUAUGGAUUCGCAGACUUUGCCGACGCCGACGCUGCAGCUUCCGCCGUGCGCAACUUGAACGACUACGAAAUCAUGGGCCGCAAGAUUCGUGUCGACUGGCCGCACAACAAUGAGAAAGACUCCGUCCCCGCCGAUUACUCUCAACAGACACAGCCGAUGGAGCAAGAUUCUGUACCACAAAUGCAACAAAUCCCCGGAGCAGCACCACUUCCUCCUUUGCCCCCGGGUGUCGACGUUCCACCUCAUCUCGACUGCCCCAAUGCCAUCUCGCAAACCCUCGCCUCUCUCCCUCCCAACCAGCUCCUCGAUGUCCUCACACAAAUGAAGUCUCUGGCUGUAGCAGAUCCUGUUCGUGCCACUGAACUACUGCGCCAAGCUCCUCAGCUUGCCUACGCCAUUUUCCAGGCUCUACUGCUCAUGAAUCUGGUUGAUUACCAGCUUCUCGGAUCUCUUGUUGAGCAGACUGCUCAGACUCAAGCUGCUCCCCAGGCAGCCCCCCAGUACCAGCAAUAUGGAAUGCCAGGCCAAGUCGGAACACCACCCGUCGCUGUCGGUCCUUUUGCGCCUCCACCUCCACAAGCUGCCGCCCCGCCCCAAGUACCGGGCCAAGAUGAGCUGCUCCAGCAAGUCUUGAGCAUGCCACAGUCAGCAAUCGAUGCGCUGCCUCCGAUGGAGCGGAGCCAAAUUAUGCUACUGCGUCAGCAGUUGAUGCAGGGUGGUAUGCGGUGAAUGCCGCCGUCUGGAUCUUUGUCUACGCGAUGGGUUGUCCCCUGACCCGUAUCACUCUGGUCUAGCAUAGUCACUGUACCAAUGUUCACCCUUUCCAUUUUUUUUAAUAAUUCUGACGAGGCGAAAGUCGGCGCAACGGCUGGGCUUGUUCUUUUUUCUUCAUGGGCUAUCUUGCAUACCAGCUUUCAAUAUAGCUGUACCUCUAAGGACAAAUUCAUUAUAUCCAUCUCCCAAUUCAUGCUUCCC